ACAACCUAUAACAACACAUGUGAACGGCUAAUCUGACGUCUUCAGGCAAAAAUGCCACAAACGUUCUACUGUAACUUCUAAAUAUUUACUCAAAAUGGUUUGGAUCAGUAGGAUGUGUUACCGGAAGUACGGUAACUUCGUGGACAACCUGCGUUUGUAUGUGCGAGGGGGCAGUGGGGGGAUGGGGCUGCCCCGUCUGGGGGGUCAGGGGGGGAAAGGGGGAGACGUGUGGGUGGUGGCUCAGAAGGAGAUGACUCUGAAGAGGGUCAAGGAUAAAUACCCCCAGAAACGCUUCAUCGCUGGAGUAGGAACCAACAGCAGUGUCCGUGCUCUGAGGGGGCAGAAAGGAGAGGACCAAGAAGUCAUGGCUCCUCCUGGCAUUACUGUCACCAACGAUGAUGGAAAGAUCCUCGGUAAGCUGAACACUGAGGGGGAUCGUGUGCUAGUGGCCAGAGGGGGUCAAGGAGGAUCCUACCACUCAGAGUUCCUGCCCAGUAAGGGCCAGACCAGACAGAUACGACUGGACCUCAAACUCAUCGCUGACCUCGGUCUGGUGGGGUUCCCCAAUGCAGGAAAGUCCUCUCUACUGACUGCCCUGUCUCAUGCCAAACCCCAGAUUGCCAGCUAUGCCUUCACCACUCUGAGACCGGAGAUUGGCAAGGUCAUGUAUGAAGACCAUAAACAGAUCUCAGUGGCAGACCUCCCAGGGCUGAUAGAGGGGGCCCACAUGAAUAGAGGCAUGGGCCACCAGUUCCUCAAACACGUGGAGAGGACCAGACAGCUGCUCUUUGUGGUGGACGUUUGUGGUUUCCAGCUGGCAAGCAAAACACCCUUUAGGUCUGCUUUUGAGGCUGUUCAACUUUUAAUUAAAGAGUUGGAGCUGUAUAAGGAGGAUCUCCCGUGUAAGCCUGCUGUGUUGGUGGUCAAUAAGAUGGACCUGCCUGAUGCAGAGGACAAACUCACAGAGCUGCAGGAGCAACUCCUAAACCCACACGAGUUCUCCCACCUGUUACCCGACGAUAUGCUUCCUAAGAACAACAUGGUCUUCAGACACGUGGUUCCUAUCUCAGCUGCCACCGGUUUUGGCAUCGCACACCUCAAGACCUGUAUCCGCCAAUCACUAGACAAGGAUGCCUCUAUGGCAACGGAGUCCCUGCACCGUGAUAGGCUACAGGCGCUGAGAGGGGCGGUCCCAGCCAAGAACACACUCACAUGGGGCUCCACCGCCUCAGUUUGAGCUGAACUGUGGAACAUUCAGGGUAGGAUGACUCCUCAACAUUCAUCCUGGCUCUGCACCCUGCUUGAGACUAUCUAUGGAAAACACUGACGAUGAUGUCAUCCACAGUCAUAACCCAGGCAAGAGUGUUGUCGUCCUGCAUUCCCCUUAUGACCACACUAUGGACAGAGUUACAGAGGUCGAGAAAGAGGGCUGACAAAAAGGGGGGGGGGAGUAUGUUUGUGUUUUUCUGCUGGAUGUUGUCUCUGACUGUUUGUUUGAUGUAAUAUGUUGCACCAUGUAGUAAUAAACAUGUUAAUUAAUGCUUC